AUGUCUCUCGCUCGCCAGUUCUUCCGCGAGAUGCGUCCACUCUUCCGCAUGCUGGAGGAGCCCUUCGGUCGCACACCAUCCGCAUUCGGCGCAUACCCUCGGUCAAUGCUUGACGACCCGUUCUUCCGUUCCCCAGCCUCGUUGCCACCUGCCGUCGAUGUCUCGGAGGAAGGCAACAAGUACGUGAUUGAGGCGGAACUCCCGGGCGUCAAGAAGGAGAAUGUCAACGUCCGCAUCGGGGACGGUGGCAGGAGCGUCACGAUCGAGGGCAAGAUCGUCAACCGACGGAGCGAACCCCAGCGUACGGAGGUGCCAUCGGCGACCAUGAAGGCGAUACCGACUGACCUUACCUCAGGUGCGACCUCCUCCACUGCUGUAACACAAGUACCGGAGUCGACUCAGCUUGCGACGGAGCGUUCGUUCACCAGCAACUCGUCCUUCACUCGCACUGUCUAUCUGCCACGCGCGGUGGACACGAGUAACGUAUCCGCGAAGCUUGAGGACGGAGUGCUCACAGUUACUGUGGCAAAGGCGGAGGACCCUGCUUCCGUGCAGGUGAACGUCGAGUAA